UAAAGCACAGUCUGAAUGAGGGUGUAUGUGUCUGGACCUGAGGAAAGUGAGAAAGCAAUGAUGCAUCCAGUCAAGCUGCUCUGUGUGGUGUUUUCGUGCCUCUGUGCUAUUGCCUGGGCUUCGUCUAAUCGCCAGCCAUGUCAUGCACCACCAUUGACAAGUGGAACAAUGAAAGUGGUGUCAACGGGGGGUCAUGAUCUUGCAUCUGGAGAAUUCAGUUAUGACUCCAAAACAAAUAAAUUUCGCUUUGUGGAGGACACUACUCACGCAAACAAAACGUCUUAUCUGGAUGUGCUCUUACAUUUUGAAGAGGGUGUACUUUAUGAGAUAGACAGCAAAAACGAGAGUUGCAAGAAGGAGACUCUGCAGUUCCGUAAGCAUAUCAUGGAGAUUCCAACUGAUGCCACUCAUGAAUCUGAGAUCUACAUGGGCAGCCCCUCCAUCACAGAACAGGGACUUAGAGUCCGGGUGUGGACCGGAAAGUUGCCUGAACUUCAUGCUCACUACUCCCUGUCAACCACUUCAUGCGGCUGUUUGCCGGUUUGCAGCUCCUACUUUGGUGAUAAGAAGGACCUUCUUUUCAGUUUCUAUGGUGUUGAAACGGAAGUUGAUGACCAACAAGUCUUUGUGCCCCCGCCCUACUGUGAUGGUGUGGCAUUCGAAGAGUCUCCAGACGACCACAGCUUCUUCGACCUGUUCCAUGACUGAAAAACAGAAGAUGACACACAAACUGCCAAAGAUGGCUAUAUACAAUAAUAAAAAGAGCAUUUAAAUAAAAAUAUGUCCUGCAUCCAUCUGUCUUUCUUCAAAUCUGUAGCUUCUACGACACUAAUUUUAUGUCUUUUGCAACUUUGUUUCUUCACUCUAAUGAAGUCAAUAAAGCUAAGCUUUCACUGAAA